AAAGUCACUGACAUCUAUUGUUCCAGCAAGUUCCAUUUGACUGGUAUUUAUAACCCGAAACGUUUGUAGAGGAGCGUGUGUUUUGAAGAAAUUUCUGCCUUAUUACUGUCAUGUACAAGUCUAGUAAUGUUGGGGUAUUUUAAGCGAAAGAUUUCCAACACACAGACUACAAAAUGCGUCUCCACUGGAAUUCCAGAAGCAAUGCUUCUGUAGACGUUUUGAUUGAGGAUAUCCUUCAGAGACUGGAUUGUUUUCCUUCGCACGUUCCUGAUUGUCCUGCGCUAACGAGUGAAAGUUAGCCGUUCCCACGGAGGCGACUGGAUUCGCAGAAAGUGCUUUAGGAGUCUCUGCGAUACACACAGAGGAACGAUGUGCAUUUUGCCGUUGAAUUUCUGUGAAGAGAAAUAAUUACGAUGCUGAGAAAUAAAGCCUUUCAUGCCGCUGUUUGGGCAGCAUGCGGAAUACUGAGUACCAUGGUGGUGGACGCAACGGAAUGUAGCAUCGAAAUCGUGAAAGUCAUCUCUUCCACAGAGUCAAUACGCCUCACGCUGGAUAACGCAAACGUGAAAUGUCAAUACACAGUUUCUGUCAAGGACAGACACACAGAUUCGAAAGGCUGCCGUCAAGACCGAGAACAUUCCAAGUGCCAAAUCGAGAGUUUAGAUCCCGGAACGUGGUAUCACCUGGAUGUAAUAUCAACGCUGGAUGAAAAGCAACAGUCUCAACGCGCUGUCACCCUGCAGACUAGACCUUCAGCAGUGGAAAAUCUACAGGUUUCUGGUGAUGCAAACAGCUUGGAUGUUUCAUGGCAGCCUGGUAAAGGCAAAACAGAGCGAUACUGGAUUGUGCUCAUAGACAGCAGUGGCAGAGAUUCAGCAUGGAACUCGACAGUGGCGAGCACAGCCACUUCAUAUACAAUGAAGGGAUUGAUUUCUGGACGACUCUACAACAUCACUGUCGUUACAGAGGUUGGAGAGCUGCAGAAUUCAGCGUCCACACAAGCACAAACAGCUCCAGCUUCAGUCUCUAAGCUAAGAACGGAGAACAACGGCGACCGGAACAGCAUCAGGGUUCUGUGGGAUAAAGCUUCUGGGGACGUGGAUAGUUACCUUGUCAGUCUGACGACACCUGGUUCAAACUCUAUUGAGAAAGUCUUACCGCCUGACGACACAUAUGUAGUGUUUGAGAAUCUGAGUCCUGGGAAGGGCUACCAAGUGUCUGUCAGUACCAGGAGUGGAGCGCUUUCUAAUAAGACAUGGAUCACAGGAAAAGCAGAUCCAGGAAAGGUGUCAGAUCUGGUGAUAGAGAAUCUGUCGGUUCGCGGAGCACUGAAGAUCUCCUGGACGCCACCUUCCGGCGAAUGGGAGCACAUCCGUGUUGCGCUCUCAAAUGGGAGUGAAGUCCUCAGGAACCAAACUGUGGGUAGAACGGCAAAGGAAAUACUCUUGUCAGGGUUAAAUCUGCUGCCAGGCAGAGUUUACAGAAUGGCCGUCAGCGUUGAGAAUGGAGGCCUGGCUAAUACGGUCAUAUAUGAGGGGGAAAUAGGUCUUCCCCCAGUGUCUCAGCUGCACGUCCGCCACUCAGACGAGACGUCUCUGAGCGCGCUGUGGGCUCAUGCCGCUAGCUCAUCGUCCCGCGAUGGCUACAUCAUACAGCUUUUCCAGAGCAACACAUCUACAGUUAUUCAGACACGAAACUUGAGCCGGGACAUGAGAGAGUGCACCUUCAAUGUGCUCACACCGGGUCGCCUGUAUGACAUCACUGUAACCACCACCGCCAAGAUCAUCCGCAGUUCUGCCACACUGCAAGGCAGAACACAGCCUCUGAAGGUGAAUCACCUGAAACUAAGCAACAAGGGGAGUACAGACAGUCUGAAUGCAAGCUGGGAGAAACCGCUCGGGGAUCUGGAUUUCUAUCACAUGCUGCUGUUGAGGGACCAACAGACGGUCCACAACAUUACAGCUUCUGCAAACACAACCUCAAGACUGCUUCCCUUCCUUAGACCCGGCGCUUUACACAAGAUACUGGUGACCACAAUCAGCGGAUCACAAACAUCCAAACUAGCUGAGGCUGAAUGUCGGACAGUGCCUGCUGCUGUUUCGGACAUUACAGUCACUAACAGUGGCCCAGACUUUCUGAACGUUUCAUGGAAGGCGGCAGAAGGAGACGUGGACAAUUACGUCGUGAUGCUGAAAGACCAAGAGAAGAUCGUGCACACUCUUGCCACAUCCAAAGCAACCACAGAGUGCGUGUUCAGGAGCCUGGUCUCAGGACGGCUCUACAGCAUCUCCAUCGCCACACACAGCGGCAGCUACAGGAACCAAACGCUGCUUCAGGAGAGAACAAAACCAUCCACAGUCCAGAACCCUACCGCCAUUCACUCCGCCAGGGAUGACUUUCUGAAGCUUUACUGGAAUCACGCGUCUGGGGAUUAUGACUAUUAUGUAGUGACGAUUGAGCAUAACGGCACACGUCUUCAGAGUCAGAAGCUCAACAGGACUCAGAGCGAUUGUGCGUUCAGUGAUCUGGUUCCAGGACGUCUCUACAACUUGACCGUCAGCACCUGGAGCGGCCAGCACUACUCUGCAGUCUCUAUAUACGGCCGCACAUUCCCGGGUGCUGUGGGUAAUUUGUCCCUGACUGAGCGCGGAGGCACUUUUCUGAGGGUCAGCUGGACGUCCGCUCCAGGAGAUGUUGACCACUAUGAGCUUCAGAUCCUCUUUAAUGACACGCAGGUGUCCGCAGCUGUAAAUCUAAGCAGCGCCAUUGGGGAACACCUGUUCUCUGCGCUCACACCAGGGAGGCUCUACAAGAUUGUGCUGUCGACUCACAGCGGGUCAUAUCAGCGCGCGGAGAUCCUUGAGGGACGCACAGUGCCCAGUCAGGUCCAGAGUGUGCAUCUGAGCGCUGGCACCGCAGACGGCAGUCUCAGAGUUUCAUGGUCCUCUGCUGAUGGAGACCUUGACUUCUACUCAGUGUCUCUGUUUCAGGAGACACAUCUUCAAGAUAGUAGACGUGUCCCGAAGCACAUCACACAGGCAGAAUUCUACAACCUCAUACCUGGCCAGCUGUAUUCGGUGACCGUUCAGUCAGUCAGUGGAUCGCAGACAAACAACAGCACAACUACUGGCAGAACUGAGCCCUCCACAGUCACUGGCCUGCGGGCGGAUAAUGAGCUUAGCACACACAGUCUUCUGGUGAGCUGGAACCCAGCUGUGGGAGUUCAUGACGGAUAUCGUCUCUGGUUGCUGGAUGACGGUGGCACAAACAUCCACAAUGCCUCUGUUCCCGCCGCUAGCAGACACCACCUGUUUGAAAAUUUAACUCCAGGAAGGAGGUAUCAAGCGCACGUUCGGACUCUCAGUGGGACGGCGGAAAGCAAGGACGUCGUUGCAGAGGGACAAACACGUCCAUCCGCAGUGUCGGCACUUCACGUGUGCUCGAACACGAGCAGUGACCUUUCCUUCUGCUGGGCUUCAGCGGUGGGCUGGGUGGACGGGUAUGAAUUAUAUCUGUACGAUCGAGACGAGACCCUCCACUAUCACACGACCCUGGGGAGUGAUGCUCUGGGCUGGUCCUUUACACUCCUUCAGCCGGGAACACACUAUAAGAUGACGAUCACCAGUAAGAGUGGGAAGCUGAGCAAUCAGUCAUCCGUAUGGGCUCACACAGCUCCGGCCUCAGUCCCAGAGCUGCAUGUGGAGAAUCAGGGUCAGACGGACAGUCUUCUGCUGAGCUGGACUCCUGCUCCAGGAGGACUGACUGGGUAUUCGGUGACUGUGGACGGCAGAGAGCAGCGGGUGGGCCCAGAGGUCACUCAAGUGGUCUUCCACAGUCUGGUGGCUGGAAGACUUUACCUUGCUACAGUGCAGACGUGGAGCGAAGAUCUAAGCAACUCUACGACUGCAGUAGGACGCACAGUCCCCGCAGCGCCAUCGUCGGUGUCCGUCAGCUGCUCUGGCGGCUCAGUGGACAUGAAGUGGCAUGUCCCAGACACAGGAGACUAUGAGGAUUUCGAAGUGACGUGGUUUCCUCAGGACACACUGUACAUUUCUCAUCUCCGUCCCACUCAGCGGAUCCUCGAAGGACUUCAUCCAGGCCGGCUCUACAACAUUAGCCUUCGCACGGUCAGUGGGAAGAGACACAGUCCUGUAACCUACAGCCGUCCCGUUUACCACACCAUCAGAACCCCUCCACUGCCGGCUCCGAGCAUCCACUGUUUCCCCCUGAGCUCCACCUCUGUGUCCUGCUCCUGGACUCCUCCGCACUCUGAUUACGACGGCUUUGUUGUGCAGUGCCACAGACAGGGCUCUGGGAAGGCAGUGUACACGCACACGCUGGGAAACCAUACCCUCUCGCAGCAAUUUGACAGACUGGAGCCCUUCAAAAACUACACCAUCUACGUCGCAGUGAUGUCUGGAGACAAGCAGAGCUCAACCGUAAAGAACAGCGUUAUCACUAUGAUCGACAGGCCCCCUGUCCCACCAGUGACCGUACGGGUCAAUGAGCAUUCAGCGGUCAUCACCCAUUUCACCAUCCGGUUUAAGUUCAACUGCAGCUGGUUCAGUGAUGCUAACGGAGCCAUUCGCUACUUCACAAUAAUUGCCACGGAGUCAAAUGAUGUUGAUAAUGGCUUGCCGGAACAGAGACAUCCUCUGCCAUCUUAUCUGGACUAUAGACAGAACCACUCCAUCAAAGCCUACCAGACGGGCUACUUUCACAGCACGUGUGCCGAGGGGUCCGACGGCAAGGUUCAGGUUUUCGAGAUAAACCUGGGAGCAGGAAUGAAACAUUUGGGCGGAGCUUGCAAAUUGGAUCCAGAAUCUAUCCAGCACGGAUCACAUCUUUGUGACGGGCCCCUUAGAUCCAGGACAUCGUAUCGAUUAAGCGUCCGUGCCUUCACUCAACUGUUUGAUGAAGAGAACAGAGAAUUUCCACACCCGCUUUAUACAGACACCUAUCUCUCGCUCCCUUUAUUAACUCAAUCAGCACCACGAAGCGGCCUGACAGGAGGGAUCACGGCUGCCCUGUUUCUCAUCACUAUGGUGCUCGCCCUGACAGCCUUACUGAUUUACAGAAAGAGAGCGCACAAAAUAGCCGUGCAGGAAAGUCCAGUGAUGAAGAUGUGCAAGUGGAAGGCCUUGCCCACCUCACAGAUGUGCCUGCGCAUAAGGAGCCCAGUUCAAGCUGCCAAUUUCGAGUCCCACCUUGCUAAACUUCAAUCCGAUUCCAGUUACCUUCUGUCAGAAGAGUUUGAGGGCCUAAAGGACGUGGGACGGAUCCAAACUCAAAAUGCUGCACGUCUGCUUGGUAACCGCAACAAAAACCGAUACAACAAUAUACUUCCCUACGACUCCACGCGGGUGAGACUGUCCUGUCUGGAGGAUGACCCCUGCUCAGACUACAUCAACGCUAACUAUAUACCUGGAAACAAUUUCAGAUGGGAGUAUAUCGCCACACAAGGGCCUCUGCCAGGUACCAAGGACGAUUUUUGGCGAAUGGUGUGGGAACAAAAUGUGCACAGCCUAGUAAUGGUGACGCAGUGUGUGGAAAGAGGCAUGGUAAAGUGUGACCACUACUGGCCGACGGACAGCGAGCCUUUGUGCUAUGGAGACAUUGUGGUGCAGCUGCUUUCUGAGAAGGUCUUUCCAGAGUGGACCAUUCGGGACUUCAAAAUAUCAUGCGAGAGUCAGCUGAGAUACCCCAGGAUGGUGCGUCAGUUCCAUUACACCAUCUGGCCAGAUCACGGCGUCCCGGACACAACUCAGUCUCUUAUCCAGUUUGUGCGAACAGUCCGAGAUUUCAUCAACAGGACAAACAGUCCUGGAAUCUCCGUAGUACACUGCAGUGCUGGUGUGGGUCGAACUGGGACUUUCAUAGUGCUGGAUCGUGCUUUACAGCAACUAGACAGGAACUGCACAGUGGACAUUUACGGCUGUGUGUUUGACCUGCGCCUGCAUCGCUCAUACAUGGUACAAACCGAGUGUCAGUAUGCUUAUAUCCAUCAGUGUGUGCGGGAUGUUUUGAGGGCUCGCAAACUUGGCUGUGAACGAGAUAACCCCCUUUUCCCCAUAUACAACAACAUCAUUUAAAGGUAAGGUAAGAGUUUUUGUACACAGGAUCACUAAGACAUUUGGCUGUGUUGGACAAGAAAAGAAGAGCAGGGUUUGUGUUGUACCAAUAGUAUUAAUAGCAGUGCAUGAGAAAGACAUAAGCUUUAUUUUUAUACUUUAUAUACUUAUAAACCUUUUUUUAUGAUUCACUUAUGUACAUGCAAACCACCAGUCGUAAUUAUUUAUGUUGUAUGCUAAUAUCAAUAGACUGUAUAUAGACCGCUGACAUAAAUUGGACAUUCGUUUUCUGACAUGUAUAAUCAAUAGACCACAGAGGAUGAACUUUUAUUCUUCUGUAGCUUGCAAAUACAAAUAACAGUUGUUCCCUAUUGGAAUCAUUCUGUGCACAAAUAAUGGUGUUAAUAAAUGACAUAAGACAAAGCCUCAAA